AAACAAGAUAUGCUUAACAACCCUGGCCAAUACAGAAAUGGGAAUUGAUAGCAGAGAAAGUUAAUAAAUGCAAAACUGAAAGUGUUAGGUCGUUGGUCUUUAGUCUUUUCUGCAAUAUGCAAAUGCGCCGCCUAACCUCCACUUGUCGUUAUUUCCAUUUCUCCUGAAAACACUAUUACCCAGUCAAUUCUCUCUCUGUUGGUGUAUAUCCCAUACCCAAUUCGUAUCUCCAAUAUACAAGGGACGGAACUGAUCACAUCAUGUCUGACAUAGCUAAAGAUGCAUGGAGAAAAUAUCUGAUUCAACUUCAGGCCCACCCUCUAAGAACCAAGGCAAUAACAUCUGGGGUAUUAGCUGGAUGUAGCGAUGCAAUUGCUCAGAGGAUUUCUGGGAUCAAAAGGCUUCAGUUGAGAAGAUUGUUUCUUAUGAUGCUAUAUGGCUUUGCUUAUGGAGGACCUUUUGGGCACUUCCUUCAUAAAUUAAUGGAUAUUAUUUUCAAGGGAAAGGACAACAAAACUGUUGCAAAGAAGGUGUUGUUGGAACAAUUAACAUCUUCUCCUUGGAACAAUAUGCUUUUCAUGAUGUACUAUGGCUUGGUAAUUGAAGGAAGACCAUGGGGCUUAGUCAAGAGUAAGGUCCUGAAGGACUACCCCUCUGUUCAAUUGACAGCAUGGAAGUUCUGGCCUAUAGUCGGUUGGGUGAAUCACCAGUAUAUGCCAUUGCAGUUUCGAGUUCUAUUUCAAAGCUUUGUUGCUUCAUGCUGGGCAAUCUUUCUGAAUCUGAAAGCGAGAACAGCUGCAAUCAAGCAGGCAUAGAAUGCAAUGACCUUUUGGAUUUCUUUCUGCAUAUUAAGCCUUAGUACUACAUAUUUUGUUAAAAUUAAAGUUGAAAGAUUAAAUUAUUCUCUACAAUUCGGUAGUAGCACCAAUUUCAUGAGACUUCAUGUUGUUUUGGUACUUGAGAUUAGUUUAAUUUUGUGUUGUGGUUUAUGCGAUACAGCAAAUUACAUAUUGAUAGUAUAAUUUUCGUAUGAUUCAGUAACUUAAUUUCAAGAUUUGUGAAGUGUUUUGAUA